AUGUCUGCCCCUCAGAGCGUUCAAUGCUUCGGCAAGAAGAAGACUGCCACUGCUGUGGCCCAUUGCAAGAAAGGACGAGGUUUGAUUAAGGUCAACGGCCAGCCUCUGUCGCUCGUUCAGCCCGAGAUCCUACGAUUCAAGGUUUACGAACCACUUCUCGUCCUUGGUCCUGAAAAAUUCAGCGGUGUCGAUAUUAGAGUCCGAGUUACUGGUGGUGGUCACACUUCCCAGAUCUAUGCCAUUCGACAAGCCAUCGCCAAGUCUAUCGUAGCAUACUACCAGAAAUACGUCGACGAGUACAGCAAGAACCAGUUGAAGAGCGCACUGGUGCAAUACGACCGAACCCUACUAGUCGCAGACAGCAGACAGUGUGAGCCAAAGAAAUUCGGUGGUCCAGGUGCCCGAGCCAGAUACCAGAAAUCCUACAGAUAA